UUCCCACACGCCUCUAGAGCCCCCAAAAGCUCACUUUUUCACUCCACCCCACUUUCCUUCCCUCCUCCUCUUUUCUUCUCCCUUUGCCCUCUUUCAUUUUCUGCUGCUAAGAAAAACCAAAUAUUUACGACACUUUGCUCUGCUUUCCCACAAACAGAACCCAAAAAACUCAUCCUUCCUUAGAAACACAUCCAAACAUACACAGAAAAUGUCUAACAAGUCACCAAUAUUUCCGAUGCCACAACCUCAACACUUCAGCGACUAUGGCUUUGACCCUCAAAUCGACUAUUUUCAGGUCCUGGAAGAAGCAAGAAGACACAAACGUGAGACAACAAGAUCCAUAGACUCCAUACACUUCAAGCUCCAAAAACCCAUCUCCAAAGACGACCCCAAAAAGACCCACAAGGCCAAGAAGCGCUGGUGGAAAAGCGCUCUGCUUUUCUUCAAAUGCAUCACCCACCACCACCAUGGCCACAACAAUCGCAGCGAAGAAGACGUGCACCAGGCCAGGGCUAAUGCCUUCAGGGCCUCAAUUUCAGGUCCCGUCUAUAUCACAGAGAGCAGAAGUGACUCGAGCACGCCUUACCGUACGACAAGCAGGCCGUCGUCGGGACCCCUCUCCGGAACUCUGUCUCCGGCAAGUAGGGGUGAGCUGGACAUUCCUUAUCUCAGCCUCAGGGAGCUUAACAUGGAGCAGCAGCAACAGAGGAACUCUACCUCUGCCAUGCCCAUAUAUUUGGUUACUUGAUUACUAUUUUACUUGAGUGAUUAGAUUAAUCAUAUUGUUAGUCUUUGGAGAGCCAUAUAUAUAUUUUACUAAGCGCUCUUCUUUUGAUUGAUUAAAUGGGGGGUGUUAAUUGGGGUUUGUUUGUCCAUUUUUGAUCCUUUGGAGGACAGCUAGAUCCUCCUUUUGGUGUUUGUUGCUCACUUUUUCAAGCUAUGAAACUAAUGAACCCUGCUUUGACUUAA